AUGUCUGGCCGCCGUCGCGCUGCUGUCGAUGCUGUCGAUGCUGUCGCUGCUGUCGCUGCUGUCGCUGCUGUCGCUGCUGCUCCGCUCGUCCGCGCACAUGGCGGCCCUGCUGCUGCCAUCGGGGCAGCCCUGGCCAGUCCUGGAGGGCGCCGCGGGCUGUCAUCCCGCAGGCAGUUUUACACGCAGCCUGCACUGACCUGCCGUCUUGACGUUAGGUUGGCGGCAGGCCAAUCAGGCGGCCCACAGCACCCUUCUUUUCAGCGCAUAUUGCUCGCAUUCCAGACGCACCAUGCCGCCCGCUUCGCGCCCGGCCGUCUCCCGUCCCCGUCGCCAUCAAGUCGCCAUCCAGCAUCAAGCCCCUCGGGCCUCACCAGCCUGCAGCGCGCGUUGCCGGGUGCCAGAGGCGUGCAUUUGCUGAUCGCGUCUGUUCUCCAGGUAGUUUCACUCUUCGCCGUGCCUCAAACCGAGGUCCCCUAA